CCUGUUUGCGCGUCUCCAGUCCGCAGCACGCCUCGGCUCUGUCUCCUCCCCUCUCCCGCCCAGGCAGGUCUCCCAGGGUGAGCCAACUCCGCGCACUUUGCCCCUUGUUGGCAGCGAAUAAAAGGGGUCUGAGGAAAUACGGGACUCGGUCAGCCACGGCCAGCUCUAGCCUUUAAAUCCCCAGCCUGGGUAGACCCACGUACCGCACUUCGGAGCCCGACACCGAUCCAGCGCGCACCGCGCAGAGGAGGCUCCGAGAGCAGCGCCGCGGGUCACCGCGCAAAAGCCGGCUCGGUAACCGAAGUCUACGUGUGUGUGGGCUGUCCCGAACUGCGCUGUGCCGUUUCAGCCGCGGGCGAGUGAUCCCAGCAUCCGAGAGCCCAGAUGCCGGCCCACUUGCUGCAAGAGGAGAUCUCUAGCUCCUACACAACCACCACCACCAUCACAGCGCCUCCCUCCAGGAUCCUGCAGAAUGGAGGAGGCAAGUUGGAGAAGCCUUCUCUAUACUUGGAAGAAGACAUCCGCCCUGAACUAAAAGAUGACAUUUAUGACCCAAGCUACAAGGAUCCGGAGGGCCCAAAGCCCAAGGUUGAGUAUGUUUGGAGAAACAUCAUCCUUAUGUCUCUGCUACACUUGGGAGCCCUGUAUGGGAUCCUGCUGAUUCCCGCCUGCAAGAUCUACACCUGUAUCUGGGGAUUCUUCUACUAUUUGAUCAGUGCUGUGGGCAUAACGGCAGGAGCUCAUCGCCUGUGGAGUCACCGGACUUACAAAGCUCGGCUGCCCCUGAGGCUCUUCCUGAUCAUUGCCAACACGAUGGCAUUCCAGAACGACGUGUAUGAAUGGGCCCGAGAUCACCGUGCCCACCACAAGUUUUCAGAAACAGAUGCUGAUCCUCACAAUUCCCGGCGUGGCUUUUUCUUCUCUCAUGUGGGUUGGCUGCUUGUACGCAAACACCCAGCCGUCAAAGAGAAGGGUGGUUUGCUAGACUUGUCUGACCUAAAAGCUGAGAAGCUGGUGAUGUUCCAGAGAAGGUACUACAAACCCGGCAUCCUGCUGAUGUGCUUCAUCCUGCCCACCCUUGUGCCCUGGUAUUUCUGGGGUGAGACUUUUCUACACAGCUUGUUCGUCGCCACUUUCUUGCGUUAUGCCAUUGUGCUCAAUGCCACGUGGCUGGUGAACAGUGCUGCCCACCUCUACGGAUAUCGCCCUUAUGACAAGAACAUUAGCCCCCGAGAGAAUAUCCUGGUUUCCCUGGGAGCUGCAGGGGAGGGCUUCCACAACUACCACCACUCCUUCCCCUAUGACUACUCUGCCAGUGAGUACCGCUGGCACAUCAACUUUACCACCUUCUUUAUCGAUUGCAUGGCUGCCCUCGGGCUGGCUUACGACCGGAAGAAAGUAUCCAAGGCUGUCGUCUUGGCCAGGAUUAAAAGAACUGGAGACGGAAGCUCCAAGAGUGGCUGAAUUUGGGGUCCCUUGGGUUCCUUUUCCAAAAGCCAGCCGGGCAGAGGUUUAAUGUUCUGUUUAUUAACUACUGAAUAAUGCUACCAGGAUGCUAAAGAUGAUGAUGUUAACCCUUUCCAGUACAGUAUUCUUUUAAAAUUGAAAGCCAGCAACUCUGCCUUCAUGACGCUAAGCUGAGGUUCUUAUUUCUUCUCUUCCUCUCUUCUAGUUCAUUGUCCUUUUCUUUGCUUUGUCCUUAUCACCUUCCUUUCUCUCCUCGCUCUUUGCCUCCCAGGCAAGCAGCUGGUCAUUCAUGGGUGGGUGUCCAGCUUCCAAAGCCUAGCCAACCUUUCUGUAGUCCAAAAUUAGUGGUCUUUGUCCCACAUAACUCUUUCCUUGAGCUGUCCUGAGCUUUAGGGUGGGUGGCUCAUGCUAGAGGUAUGAGAACAUACCUUCUGGGAAGGCCCCUGUUAAUUAUCUUCAGCUCAGGCUUUUGCGAGUUGGAAUGGAAAAUAACUUUAUUUGGCACAAAGCUUCUAAAGCAGGUAAACUGUCAGGGGAGAGAGUUAGCAUGCAUGGUAUGAUUGAGAAGUAAAGAUGGGGUGAGGUGGGAAACAGGGCAAGAGGCUCCUGCUAUGAUUGGACACACGGUUGCUUGCCUAGUGAGGACUUGGAGCCCCAACAGACAGCAUGUCUCCUUUCUCUCCUGACUCUGACUAGGGAAUGGCCACAGAGCCUGGCAAUGCUGGAACACAAAAGCAGAUCUCAAUGUCCCAAAUGUAGUUUAGGUUGGGGAUAAAGAAGAAGCAUUUAGUUUGUAGUAAAAGUGGUCUCUGCUGGAGAAGGAUUUUUUUUUUUCCUUUAAUAACAGGAAGAUUUCUUAUUCCUUAUAACAAGAAAUCUUGAGGUUGGUUGUUUCCAGAAUUGGCAAAUCUAGCAGAUCAUGGGAUCAUCAAAAUUCUUUUGUCUUUCUGCUCUGCCAUCUUCGGGCUGUUAGUUGGCUCCCAUCAUGGUAAUAAGGUGGCUGGAGCAUUUCCAGACACCCAAAAAAGGAAUGUGUUUGUGGCAUAGUGGUGAGCAUAGUGGUCUUCCAAAAAAGGAAGGAUUUUAAGAGGUGGAGUUGGGUCCAACAUAAAAAUAUAUAUACAUACACAGUCUGCUUGGAACAUUAAAGUAAUUCACUUAGGGUAUUUCCCUCUGAAAGAGGGAUGCUUGAAGAAGAGGAGAAAUUAGGUGGGUUGGCUACUUUCCUCUCACUGCUGGACAGGAGAUGGAGAGGUUCAGGGCCAGAUCUGUUGGCAGUUCCUAAGAGAUAACUUUACAAAAGAAGGGCUCUGAGAACACAUUGCCAGGGGAUUCAGAAGGUUACUACUGAGGAAGUCUUUGGGUGUCCUGAUUUGGAAGCCGGUUAUACAAACAAGUUAAAUGUUAGGUUCAUUCAUGAAUUCCAGUUUCUCCUUGGAAUGAGGACAAACCAGAAGGCUUCUCCCCGCAGCGUUGAACCAUUUCUCCCAUUCCUUCUCAGUUAACUUUUAGCGUAAAGUAUAGGACUGCCUGGGGGGCGAGGUAGGAAUCUCUUAACUACUGUGGGUUUUGAUUCCUGGCUCUACCCUUAUCUGUCCAUUUUCUCCUACCGGUUCUAUCUCCUCCCUGAUGUUUUCCUCUUUCUCCGGACAGGAAGCCUCCUUUGUAUGUAUUCAGACGCAGUGAUGGUUAAGGCUCACCAGCAGCUCCCUCUCCUGCAGACAGAAUGCUCAGGGUCACUGAACCACUGUUUCUCCUUAUAAAGCUCAGUAGGCUGCCACUUUCACUUGGCCUCCAGAGUCUCUCCACUUACACCCCUGUGCUCCCCUCCACACUGAUGACUCAAGAGGAGGCUGGCAAACCUUACUAGAAACAUCCCUGGCUCGGGCACUGUCUCUCAUGAGGCACAGCCAGGCCAAAGGCUCGUGUUGUGCCGGUGAGCCAGCCACGGAGCCAAAAAAAAAAGGGUUUGUUUUUAGCCUCCUCUGUCUGGAUCAGAACAUGAGAGCAUGCUAGAUGCCCCCUGCUCGCUCGGUAUGCCUGCCCAGCCCGAGUCCGAGCUCCCAGUGGACAGUACAAUGCUUGCAGGAGCAGGAGGGAGCCUAGUCUUCACUGGGAAGCACAAGAAGCAAAGGAAAGUUCCAAAGUGCCUCACGCAAAAGGAGGCCCUGUUCCCUGGAGCCAGGGUGUAUUGCAAAGCCCAGACUUGGGAUCUGAGAUGCCAUGAACUUUGCUGAACAGCAUCUCUGCUCGGCAAACUAACCAGCAUUCCCCACCACACAGCCUAGGGCAAACGGUAGUGUAGAAGAGGUCUGAAGAAAGCGUCAGUGUUUUGAGAACCUUGGACUGCCCCUGUCCCUGUACCUCGGUCAUCAAUGCAAAAGCCUGGCUUUACUCUAUGAAAGAUUGGAAAUGUACAAGGCCAAAUGUUCUGCGCGCUGUUGAGCCCCAAUACUGGAAGGGAAGAGGGCCUUUCUUCCUGUAUUAAUUGAAUAGACAGAGGCUACAGGGGUUCCCUGGACUAAAGGCAUCCUCAUCUUUUCAGCUGUUCCUCACUGUAGAAAAGACUAAUGGAAGAUCACUGUAGUUCAGAUCUGCUGACUUGUGGACUUAUCCCUUGGAAAUGCCUGUUGGGUGGUUUUAAUUCCACAGGUUAUCAGAUGCCUGCUUUAUAAUUUUGGACCAAAAACAAGUUUAUCUUUCUAUUCUAAUCAUGUCCCAGGGAUCUGACCCAUACCAUGACCCUACACAAGGCUGGACAGGGUCCUCAGGCUGAGGGCCCCUCCGUAGAGGAGAAUGUGGAGGUGGAGGGGUGUCUGCGAGUAAAGAACACUUUCUUCAAGAUUCUAAAGCUGAGUUCAGUUGACACAUUAAUGAUCCAGAAACUCAAGUCUGAAUUUCUAACAGUCCUCGCUUUGUGGGUGUGCUGACAACUUAUUUGGGUGCCUUACAUCUUUUCUAAUCGGUGUUGCAUAUGAGCCUGCUCUCACUCCCUCCUCGCUCCCUCCGUGGAGUUCCUUUGCACCUGAGACCCUACAGAAGUGGCUGGUAGAAAAGGGGGUCUGGCUGGAGGAUUAUCAGUAGAGCUAUUCGCAGGAUUCCCUUCAGGGCUUCAUUUUGGAAACUUCUCUUAGGGCUGUUUUUAUUAAGUGCCCACAUUGACGGCGGGUGGAAGUAAUUUGAAUGUAUUUGAUUUAUAAUAUUUUUUAGAUUAAAAGAUGGUUGUAGCAUUUAAAAUGGAAACUUUUUCUCCUUGGUUUGCUAGUAUCCUGAGUGUAUUCUUUGUAAGUAUAGCUCAUAUGGGUCAGCGUGAAAGGUUAAAGAAGACAAGAUGUCCAUGUUACGCGGGUGGUUAAGGCCAGGGCCUCUCCUACCACUGUGCCACUGACUUGCUAUGUGACCCUGGGCAAGUCACUUAACUAUAAUGUGCCUCAGUUUUCCUUCUGUUAAAAUGGGAUAAUAAUACUGACCUACCUCACAGGGCAGUUUUGAGGCGUGACUAAUGCUUUUUAUAAAGCAUUUUGGGAUCCUUCAGCAGAGGAAUUCUUUUAAGUCCUGAGUAUUUUUAUAAAAAGUAGCAGUAUCCACCAUGAACUUGUGUCCAUCAUGAACCAUGCGUCCUGGAUGCUGUCAUUAAUCGAUAUGAUUCUCUCUGAGAGAUUGAAUAAAUCCAUUGGCUAAGUGGUGGAUAACUAGCCAGACAAAAUUUGAGAAUACAUAGACUCAUUGCCAUGGAAACAAUACACAGGUACCUUUUCCUUGAUUGGGUGGGAUUUUUUUUCCCCUUUUAUGUGGGAUAGUAGUUAUUUGUGACCUAAGAAUAAUUUUGGAAUAAUUUCUAUUAAUAUCAACUCUGAAGCUUAGUUGUACUGAUCUGAAAUUGUGUUUGUUCAUAAUAAAAGUGAAGUGAAUCUGA